ACGACCGAACCUAGAUCUUCUCGUGCCGAAUAAACAUCUCCCAACCGCCAGCGGCCACCGAGGGACCGCAACGGCAAGGGCCAAACGGCGGCGGGUUAUGACUGUACUGGUCGCCGGUUGUUUUUUUUUUAGUGGUCUGAACAAUUACGAGUCCUAGCGAACUGCUGCCUGGACGGUAGCUAAUUUGAACGCAUUAAGAUAUCAUCACGUGGACAGAGUAACAUUUACUCUCUCUGACUUCAUCAUUGUCAGGACGACAUAAGUGGGUCUUCGUCUUCGUCAGAUCGCCUUUCGACCUUCCUCCCAAAACAUUCCCUCCCCGUCAUCUCCUCCCCUGAAUUCUCGAUAACCAUUUCGAAAAAACAGAGCUUUAAACAUACUUCAGAGGGAGAGAGAGAGAGAGAGAGAGAGAGAGAGAGAGAUGGAGAUGGAAGGCAUAGAGCACAGGACCGUCGCCGUUAACGGCAUCACCAUGCACGUGGCGAUCAAGGGCCCCUCCGGCGGCCCCACCGUCCUCCUUCUCCACGGCUUCCCGGAGCUCUGGUACUCCUGGCGCCACCAGAUGGCGGGGCUCGCCGCCCUGGGGUACCGGGCCGUGGCCCCGGACCUCCGUGGCUUCGGCGACACCGACGCCCCCGCCUCGGCCGCGGGCUACACGGGCCUGAGCGUGGCGGGGGACCUGGCGGCCCUCCUGGACGCCGUGGCUAAAGGAGAGGAGAAGGUGUUCGUGGUGGGGCACGACUGGGGAGCGAUCGCGGCGUGGCACUUGUGCCUGUUCCGGCCGGACCGAGUGAAGGCGCUGGUGAACCUCAGCGUCCCGUUCACCCCGCGCCACCCCGCCCGGAAGCCCCUGGAGAGCCUCAGGGCCGCGUAUGGUGAAGACUACUACAUCUGCAGAUUCCAGGAGCCUGGAGAGAUGGAAGCUGAGUUUGCUCAGAUCGGUACAAGGAGAGUCCUUGAGGAAUUCUUGACGUACCGAAACCCAGGCCCGCUUUUCUUGCCGAAAGGGAAAGGGUUUGGGCACCCUAUAGACACCCCGAUCGUCUUGCCCUCAUGGCUGACUGAGGAAGAUGUUGACUAUUAUACUUCCAAGUACGAGACAACAGGGUUUACUGGUGGAUUCAACUACUACAGAGCUUUGGAUCUGAACUGGGAGCUCACAGCACCGUGGACCGGGGCUCAGAUCAGAGUACCGGCCAAGUUCAUGGUCGGUGACUUGGACCUCACUUACAAUUCUCCAGGCACUAAAGACUUCAUACACAAAGGCGGGCUCAAGAAGUAUGUGCCUUUUCUAGAGGAUGUGAUGGUCAUGGAAGGAGUGGCUCACUUCAUCCAUGAGGAAAGACCUCAAGAAGUCACCCAACACAUUCAUGACUUCUUCCAAAUAACAGAGCUUAAAGCACCCUUCAGAGGCAGAGAGACAGAGAGACCGAGAGAGAUGGAGUUGCAAGGCAUAGAGCACAGGACCGUCACCGUUAACGGCAUCGCCAUGCACGUGGCGAUCAAGGGCUCGUCCCGCAGCCCCACGGUCCUCCUCCUCCAUGGCUUCCCGGAGCUCUGGUACUCCUGGCGCCACCAGAUGGCCGGCCUCGCCGCCCUCGGGUACCGGGCUGUGGCCCCUGAUCUCCGUGGCUUCGGCGACACCGACACCCCCGCCUCGGCCUCGGCCUACACGAGCCUGAGCGUGGUGGGGGACCUGGUGGCCCUCCUGGACGCCGUGGCCAAGGGAGAAGAGAAGGUGUUCGUGGUGGGACAUGACUGGGGAGCGGUCGUGGCGUGGCACUUGAGCCUGUUCCGGCCAGACCGCGUGAAGGCGCUGGUGAAUCUCAGCGUCCCGUUCACCCCGCGCAACCCGGCCCAGAAGCCCCUGGAGAGCCUCAGGGCCGGGUAUGGUGAAGACUACUACAUCUGCAGAUUCCAGGAGCCUGGAGAGAUGGAAGCUGAAUUUGCUCAGAUUGGUACAAGGAGAGUCCUUGAGGAAUUCUUGACGAUCCGAAACCCGGACCAGCUUUUCUUGCCAAAAGGGAAAGCAUUUGGUUACCCCAUGGAUGACCUGAUCAUCUUACCCUCAUGGCUGACUGAAGAAGAUGUUGACUAUUAUGCCUCCAAGUACGAGAAAACGGGGUUCACUGGUGGAUUCAACUACUACAGAGCUCUGGAUCUGAACUGGGAGCUCACAGCACCAUGGACCGGGGCUCAGAUCAGAGUUCCGGCCAAGUUCAUAGUUGGUGACUUGGACCUCACUUACACUUCUCCUGGUGCUAAAGACUACAUACACAGAGGCGGGCUCAAGAAGUAUGUGCCUUUUCUUGAGGAUGUGGUGGUCAUGCAAGGAGUGGCUCACUUCAUCCAUGAGGAAAGACCUCAAGAAGUCACCCACCACAUUCAUGACUUCUUUGGAAAGUUCUGA